AUGGAUGAGGGUACUGAUGUAAAUGGUGUCAGUCAACCUACUGAAUUGAUCACUCGCAUACCGGAUAGUCCCGGAUCUCGCUCGAAUUAUGGGGAAUUUUAUUGGGAUACCAAUGGUGAAAACGGGUAUCACGUUUCGGAUUCAUUCGAUAGCGAUCUAAUGCUUGAAAUAGAUAGCUAUGGAAAGGGUGUUUCUGCUGCCCGACUUGAUCGUACUCAGGAGGAUCUCAACAAAUAUCGUCAACGUAUUGAUGCUAAUGUCGAGCAUCAAAAAGAAUAUUCCGAUCUCAUAUCAGCUUUACAGCAUAAGGUACAAGAGUAUCGCCGUCAUAUUGCUGAUCUUGAAAGGAGAAUGCCAAUACAUCGAUCAGAUGAACCAUCAUCAUUCACAUUGAUUGAUUCAGCUGUAUACUCCGAUACAAAAUACAAGGAAGAAAUAUUAUGGAGUCCUAAAAAGGGUUUAGAUGAUAAUGAGUAUCAUUUUUUGGCCAAAUUAGACGAAGAACGUAGAAGAGCUGAUGAUUAUCGGAUACAACUGGAACAAGAACGUAUCCAAAAUGAUCAAUUAUUGCAUGAAAAUGAACGUCUUCGUCAACAAUUUGAAACAAAUAUACGAGAAAAUGAACGUGUCUAUAAAACUCGAGAAAGGAAUCUUGCCCAGUAUUUGAGCGAAGAACAAAAAAAGAUGAUGGAUUUAUGGACUGAGUUACAACGUGUUCGUAGGCAAUUAAUUCAACAUAGAGAGCAAACGGAGCAAGAUCUGGAAAAUCAGCGUAAUGAAUUCACUCGAAUAAUUCGAAAUGUUGGAGGCUUAACGAGACAAUUAAAUCUUGUCGGUGUUGAGGGUGGAUAUAGUGGCAUCAAAGAACCAUUACUAGUUGAAACUAGUCGUGGAGGAGGUGAAACAAUUAGUCAGGAUACUGUACUAAUUGAAGCAAUUAAGCGAAUACGGGAAAGUCAAGUUGUAAGUCAACAGGGACUACAAGUAACCGAUCAGUCAAAACUUGCAAGUGCUACAGCUGGUGAUGCAGAUCUAUACAAUCAACUUAUGAAAAAAUAUGAAGAAUGCAUUGAAAGAAAUAUUGAGCUUGAAUCUAAAGGUGAUGAAGCACAACGUAAGAAUGCUGCACUUGAAGCUGAACUUCAACGGACUAAGGAACGCCUUUCAGAUAAUCAGGCUGCGCUUCGCAAACUACAUGAUUUGGCUCAGGAUGCUUCUCGUGAGCAAGAAAGAGAGAAAAGAACUCGUUCACUUUCUCCAGGUGGUAUGCCACUUCCACCAUCGGAAGCCUUACGCAGUGUUCGCAACAUCAUCCGUAACAAAGAUAGCCAAAUACAACAACUGGAAAGAAAACUAAAGAUUGUUGAAGGCCAGGUCAAAGAAUUCGUAAACAAAUUCGAACAUGCUGAUGAAGCUCGACGUUAUUUAGACAAACAUUUGACAGAAAGCAAACGUGACCUAACAAAUCAAAUUAAACAUUUGGAUGAAGCAGAACGUCAAAUAAGACGUUUAGAAGAAAGAUUACGUGCCGCUGAUUUAGAAAAAGCAGCAGUUGAAAAGGCUAGAAAAUUCCUGGAAGAAGAGAUACAUAAGUUGCAUCAACAAUAUCAAAAGGCAACAGUAGAGGAAGAACGAAAAGCUCGUGACAAAGAACAUGAAAUCAAUCUUGGAUUCGAGGAAGAAUAUAAGAAUCGCAUUAAUGAACUAAAAAAUCGGAUCGAAACAAUUCAGCGUGAUAAUACGAAAUUGAAAACGGAGCUAAACACAAUGAGGGAUAAAUAUCGUGAUACUGAGAAUGAAUACAAUAUAACACUACGAAAAUUGGAAGAAAAAGAUACUGCAUUGCGUCAUCUCGAUGAAAUUAAGCGUCAAUUAACCAAUGAGCUUGAUAAACAACGGACACGUUAUGAUACAUUAAAUUCUGAAUUUGAUAAAUUAAAUAACGAAUUUGAGAAUACAAGCAAGACAACUGUAACAUUGGAGCAAACGCUUCGUGAAAUCAAACAACAACGAGAUGAACAUAGUAAACAAAAAGAUGAGCUUUCACGACAAAUGUUUGAUUUGAAGCAUCAGUUAGAGAAUGAAAAAGCAGCACGAGAAGAAACAGAAAAAACAAAAAGUCGAUCAACAGAAGAAAUUGAAAAAUUCAAACUUCAAAUUACGGAUUAUGAGAAUCAAAUAAGUAUUCUACGCCGACACAAUGAUGAGCUUGAUACACAAAUUAAAAGUGGUCAAGCUAAAAUAACCGCUGUCGAUAAUGAUUUAAUUACAAGCCAAAAAGAAACUGUUAGAAUGAACGAAUUAAACAGUCGUCUUCAAAGAGAAAAACAGGAUGCUAUCAACCAAAAACUUAAAGCUGAAAGUGAUAUCGAAAUGUGGAAAGAACAAAUUCGGAAGCUUGAACAGGAAAUUGAGAAGCUAAGAGUAGAAAAUCGAACAAUUAUCGAACAGGAAGAAAAGACACGUGAUGCUUUAACGAAAGAAACAAAUCGUGCUCAUCUUCUACAGAAAGAACUUGAAGAAACAAAAGCGGAUAUCGAGGAACUUCAAGAAAAAAUCAAACGAUUAGAGCGAGAAAGUGAAAAUAACCUUCGGGGUAUACGCAAAGAUGAACCAGAAGAUACAGAUAAAAUUUUACUCAGUGCAGGAGGUGGUGCAGGUGGUGUAGGUGGUGUAGGUGGUGCAGGUGGUCCUACAAUUUAUGAUACUGAAAUCUAUGAAAUUCGAAUCAAAGAAGUGAACGAUAAGUGGAAAUUUGAGCUUGAUAAACUUCUCAGUGAAAAGGAUGAGCUUGAGCAUAAGAUUCGCGACUUAGAAGAUCAAAUUACGCAAAAAAAUCGUGAAAUUGAACGACAAGAAUCGGAGAUAAUGGAAUUGAAACGUAAACAUCAAGAAGAAAUUGAUCGAUUGAGGGGCGAAAUUUCACAACUUCAUGAUAAACAUCAGAAUGAUCUCGAUGAUGAGAAAGAGCAAUACAAUAAAAAUCUGGAAUCGAUUAAGCUUGUUGAAGAUGAGCUUCGUAACAAACUUGCCGAAGCUGAGAGAAAGCUUGUUGAAGCACAAAAUCGUGAAAAUCAAUUGGAGCGUGAGAAAGAAGAGCUGAAGGAAAGAUGUGAAGAAACAUUAGAACAAAUACAGAAACUCAAAGAUGAUUUAGAAGAUGAAAGACAAGACUCUGAAAAUGAAACACAAAAAUGGAAGACUGAAGUGUAUUCGGUACGAUCUGAGCUUAAAUCAGUUGAAACUACAAAUAAUGCGCUGAAAGCACAACUUAUGGCAGCUAAUGAACGAUCUGAUUCAUUGAAUAAAACCGUCAAUAGUCAGAAUGGCAAAAUACGAGAUUUGAAUACGCAAAUUCGACGUCUUGAGGAAGAGGUAUCAGAUUUGAAAUCUGCUGCUGUAACUCGUGAAUCAGAUUUGGAAAGUGCAUUAGGUCGAUUACGUUCCGUGGAGGAUCAAUAUUCUACAUUACAAAGUGAACAUGCCAAGACAUGGAAUGAGCUAGAAAUUCUACAAAGAGAAUAUGAUCUACUUAAGAGCACAAAUGUAAACCAAGAAUCUGAGCUUGAACGUCUCAGAAAUAAAAUUCAACAGUACGAAGUGACAAUCAAGGAACAAAAGAAUACACUCGAUCAUCUUAAAACAGAACGAGAACGAUUGCAAAAUAUUUAUCGUGAUAAGAUGAAGCAAUUCGAUCAUCUUACCCAAUUGGUACAAUCAUUCGAUGUCAAAAUGAACAAAAUGCGUCAGAAUUUUCGAGAAACCUCAGAUAAACAUGUUGCUGCUGAAACAGAAUGUAAUGCUUUACGCUCCGCAGUUACCAAACUGCAACAAGAGUUACAAUUUGGUAAAGAUCAAAUGGUACGCCGAACGGAUGAAUAUCAGUCAUCUUUGGAAGAUUUAGCGAAUGCUCAUCGAGCUGCGGAAGAUGGUCGACUUAAUGCUUUGCAAGAGUUGGAAUCGAGAAAAUACGAAUUAGUUGAACUAAAGUCACGAUUUGAAAACACGGAACAACGCUUGAUAUCACUUCAACAUGAUUAUAAUAAAGUGGAGAAUGAAAGAGACAUAAUGGCUGAUUCACUUAAACGUUUCUAUUCUGUGACUACGCAUGCGAUAACACUACAUAAAGUGAAGGAAGAUGUUGAUCGUGAUCAAUUGAUCGAGACUGAAAUACCACGUUCAAUUCCUUUUCCACCAUCAGUCGAUUACACUACAACGGGAGGACGCACUGGAGCAGCAACAACUAUUAAUAUCGGUGAAACACUUGAUAUUAAUCAACUUGAAAAUACUCUCCAAACCUUGAUUGGUCGAAUUGAAAGAUUAGAGCGUGAACGAAACGAGUACCGUGAGGCUUUUGAUCGUCUGAAGAAAAAGACGAGUGACACUCACACAACGAUUCAUAAACAUGAAACGCGCUAUAAAACUAUUGAAGAAAAUCUAACCGAUGUGGAAGAAGAAAGACGUGCAUUAGAAGUACGGUUAGCAUCAGCUAAGCAGCUGUUACGUUCGCAAGAAGAAGCGUUAAAGCAACGAGAUGAAGAACGACGUCAAUUGAAAGCUAAAAUGGUAGCAGCAGAUUUGGAAGCACGUGGAAAAGAUGCACAAUUACGACAUCUCAAUGAGCAACUGAAGAAUCUACGUAAUGAUCUGGAAACUGCACAAGCCGAUUUGCGAACACUACGUGGACGUGAAGAACAAUGGGAUGCUAAUCGUUUCCAACUCGAAAGUAAACUUCGUGAUAAGGAAGGCGAAACUCAGCGGCUUAAUCUAUUACAAACUAAUCUUGAAAGUGAAAAACAGUCCCUGAAUGAGCGAAUAAAAGAACUUUCCGGACAGUUGCAAUUAAGCGAAAUAAAGUGUACCGAUAUGAAGGAAGAUGUGGAGAGAAUGAAAAAAGAACUUUCAAAAGCUGAAACUGUCGAAAUAGAACUUCGGAAAACUUCAGAUUAUCAAUCAAGAACCAUUAGUGAAUAUCAGAUUCUUAGAGAUCAAAUAACCGGUGUACAAAAUGAUCUAGCAAAUGCCAAUAAUCAAAAGCAACAACUUGAGCAUGAACUAACGACCUCACGAGGCGAACUUCGUGACUUUAAGCAACGUGCACGUGAUCUAAGCAAUAGAGCAUCCGAAUUGCAACGCCAAUUACAAGAUUCUCAUGCGGAGAAGAAUCGUCUAGAUGAAAGACUGCUAGCUCUCGAGAAGGUAACAUCAGCACAAAGAGCAACAGAAGAUGACCUUAGACAACAGGUUGAAACUUGUAAGAAUGAACGAAGAACAUUACAACGUGAAUUUGAUGAAAUCCAUCGAAGAUUAACUCAACUGGAAAAUGAAAAAAGAGCUCUGGUGGGCCAUCUUGAAAGCACCAAGCGUGACCGGGCAACGUUUAUCAAGAAAAUAGAAAUGCUGGAGAAUGAAAAACGACGCACCGAUGCAGCAAUCCGUGAAACCGCUUUACAACGUGAAGCUAUUGAGAAAUCAUUGAAUGCAAUGGAAAGAGAAAACAAGGAACUUUAUAAAAAUUGUGCUCAACUGCAAAAACAAAUAGCACAGUUGGAAUUUGAAAAUGGUAAUCGUAUUAUCGAAAUUAGCAAUAAGCAACGUGAAGAACACGAUAAGCAAUUGCAACGGAUGAGAAAUGAAAAGAUUCAAAUUGAACGAAUAAUUGAAAAUCGUGAACGUACGCAACAAAAUCGUAUCAAACAAUUGGAAAAUCAACUUAGUAUUAUGAGGGAACAAUUGGAUAAUGAAAGGAGACGUCGUCGUGAUUAUGUAGAUCGAAGUUUAGCCGGUGAUAUUGGUAGACUUGGUGGUGGCUAUCUAGGAUUAAGAAAUACUGGCAUUCAUAGUGCUGGUGUAUUACCACAUUUAGUAGACGAUUAUAUGACUGGAACAACAAGAUAUGUACGAUCAACAUUUGUUUCCAAUCCACUUACACCACCUCUUGGAACUUCUACACCAACACAAUACCAAGACACACAACGUGAAUCAUACGUUUCAACAUCUCAUCCGUCAAUGGUGGAAAGUACAACUUCAGAUAAAAUCAAGCUUGAAACUCUAGAACCUUCAAAGGAAAUUGAAGAAAGGCGAACAAAGACAGUUAUCGUAAUGAAAAGCAGCAGACUGGAAGAUAAUGUUGCAAAUAAAGUCGAUUAA